AUGGGUAUACCUCCAGAUGAAGAUUUAGGAGGAAGAAAUUUACCCUAUGUAAUAGUUGGUGACGAGGCAUUUCCUUUUAAAAAAUAUCUCAUGAGACAUUAUGCUGGAAGUGCCCGGCGACUUAGAGAGGAUGAACGUAUUUUCAACUAUGGUUCUCAAGAAGCAGAAAUACUAUGGAAAAUACGUUUGCCAACAAAUGGCAUGGACAUAAAAUCACUAAUUGCGAUUCAUAUUAUAAUUGGGUCAUUAAAUUUUCCACGGGUACGAAUGUACUGGGAGGAGACAUUUAGAAUUAAUAUUGUAGCAAAUACUAUGACUCGGGAUCGUUUUUUUCAGCUCAGAUUCAAUUUACACAUAAUUGACAAUAACAGUAUCUCAAUUAAUAAUAAAGAUAAAUUUAUAAAAGUUCGACCUUUGUAUGAUUUAAUAAAAAAAAAGUGUAAUUGUUUAGUUAUGGAACGAAACUUAAGUGUCGAUGAACAAAUGGUGGCAUUUAAGGGCACCCUUUCGGUAAAGCAAUAUAUGAAAGGGAAGCCAUGUCCUUGGGGCAUAAAAAUAUAUGUACUUGCAGGACAAAGUGGUACAGUUUAUGAUUUUUUAUUAUAUCAAGGUUCAUCUACUGAAAUAAAUUCUGAUUUACAAAAGCAAUUUGGAAUUGGUGGUGCAACUGUAUUGCAAUUAACAGAAGGAGUAAAAAAAAAUUCUCAUUUCUUAUAUUUCGAUAAUUCUUUUUCUUCGUUUCAAUUAUUUUAACGACUACAGGAAGGAAUUUAUGCAGCUGGAACAAUAAGGACAAAUCGAUUUGCAAAUCCAUCUCUAUUGGUAGAUAAAAUAAUGUCUAAAAUGGGACGUGGAACAUCUUAUGAAAUAAAAUCUAAGAAAAUCAAUAACUUUUCUUUAGGCAUAUUGAAAUGGUACGAUAAUAAACCAGUAAAUAUAGCAUCUAAUUUUAUUACGUCUAGUGAAGUUGAAAUUAUAAAACGCUAG